AUGGCUGACCACUCCCUUGAUGCUGUUGCCCAGCUGGGUAUGAGUCUCGCGAGUAGACUCAACCUGCACUCUGAAGGAUGUCGCAAGUCUCGCCAGCGACUCCCAAAACUUGUGUCUCUGGUCAACUCGACUGCCUCGACCAUCCGUCAGAUCCAUGAACUGAUGCAGCAGAACGACAAGAUCUUCACCGAAGCUUGCGUGAAGGACAUCAAGUCUUUUGUUGCCAAAUGCAAGGCUAUCUAUAUCGGAGUUCUGACUCUCAUCGCUAAAAAGACACAAAGUGUCAGUGGAGACAAGGAUGCAAAGACCCUGUCAGCUGAGCAGAUUGAGGAGCUCUUGACCUGCCCUGCCAACAUGAGUGUCUGGCGAACUGAAGCUUGGAACUGGCUGGAGCCGCGAUUCAAGAUUUGCCAGCAGGAGUUGAAGCAAGUCAAGUUCGAGCUUGUCCUGCGUUAUCUCCUUGGCAGUAUCGCUCGGCUUCAGAUGGAAACUAUGAUACGUUCCCCAGGCGCUUGGGAGAAUGAAAACUCCCUGCGAUGUUUUGCUGAGAAUGUCGCUGAAAGGCGUGUGAUGUACUACAAGUCUUACAACAGAAGACGAGCUGCGUAUAAUAAGGCACCUUCGCCAAAGCCCUCGUUUGACGACGUCAGAAGUGUUUAUUCAACAUCUACGACAAGUACCGCUGUCCUUCCUUCCCGCGUGACAGUGAUCAACGGAGACAGCAUUGAUGAGAAGGCCAAGACUGAAACUGUCGAAACUGAGAAAGAAUCUUCAGAAGUUACUGUUGAGAACACUAUCGAGAACAAAAAGCCUAUUGACUCCCCUCGAAACUGGUUCCAACGUCUCUUCUCUUCUGGUCCCAAAGAGGAUUGGAAGAAUGAAGACAUCAUGGCUUUCGUCCUUGACAUGAGCCACGCAAACAAGCUCAUCACAAGACUGGAGCUAGAUGACAAGGAGCUCAAAGCCAACCUCUCCAAGCUAACCUCUAGUCGUCUCUUCAAACGUCGACCUAACCUUGUCGAGCAAUACUCGGCACUCGAUCAGAGUGUUCGCCAAGAUGUCGAUAAUGCCAUCAUUGUCGCAAAGCGCAAGAGCACCCGUGAGAUGACUCUUGUCGCCAUGAUCGCCAAGAAGUCAGACGCGCAGAAGGCAGCUGACAAAGGCUCUGGUUUCCAUUAUGCUCCUGAUCUCAAUGUCACUCUCUACUUCAAGAUGAUGAGAGAUCUCAUGACUCAAACCAACUGGGCCCCUGGCAUUGCUCAUCAGGUCAUGGCCGGUCGUUACGAUCUCUGCACCCAAGAUGGUCUAGCGGUUAUGCUUGGAACCUGGGACUCAGUCCGUCGUCCCGGCAUGACACUGACCCUCAAGAUCUGGCCACCGCCAGUUCCACCCGGUCCACCUCGGCCCAGAAUGUAUCCACCCCCGCCCAUCGGCUACGUCCCGCCGGUCAAGAAAUAUCGCGAAGAGAUGAAGGAGACCUAUCAUGAGAUGGUCGAAUUGCUCGGCCUCUCGGAAGAGUGUGUCCCGGACCAGGAGACUGUCAAGUCUGGACUGGGAGAUCUUCUGCGUCUGUGGACUAAUGCUAUUGAUCCCCAUACAGAGGAUUGUUCGGACUGCGCAUCAUUCAUGAUGAGCUAUAGCUCUUCGAGCUCUGAGUACAGCGACUGA